AUGCCUUCUUUAGCAGAUCUCUACAACCUCCCAGUGGAUACAGUAACUUCCGCUUCAGAUCUCUAUAGCAUCACAAAUACACCUUGGAUAGCCAAAAAUACACGCGAAGAGCCCAUAGUCAUUUCAGACGAAGAUUACAAUAACUUCGCCACCGUCAUUAUCGGUCCCCCCUCCCAUCCAAUCCACGUAAUCUGGCCCUCCAAACUCUUCAGCCUCAACUCUCUCUUCUUCCGCAGCAUUUUCCAUCCCAGAACCCCCACAACCGGGGACCUCACACCCCUCUACAUCCACAGCCUCCGUCAGCAAUUCCUCACCACCUCCCGCAUCCCAUUCCCAUGCAUCACCGCAUCUCAAUGCGACGCCUUUGCCAUUUUCUUCUCCUGGAACACGUUCGGCUGCCUCUGUUAUGCAAAAGAAUACGCAGGAAUCACCAGCGACGAUGUGUACGAGCGAUUGGAUCAAUAUGUGAAGCUCUGGUAUCAGAUGCUCGAAUGCUAUAAAUUAGCUCAAUACCUUAUCGCGCCUAAAUUUGGGAAUGAAGUGACGGAUACCAUGAUUUUGGCUCUGAGAGAAGAAACUACGUAUCAGACGAAGCGGAGAAAAAUCGAGGAUGAUCUCGCUCUUCGUGAAUUUCGUGAUGAUCUUGGCGAUUCUUCGACUGAUGGAACACCUGGAAAUCAGGAUCUGGGACUGGAAGUACCCGGUCCGAAUAUUGGUGGAGGUCAGGGUGAUGAGGAGGAGACUUUGGACAAUUCGAUUGAUCAAAUGAAUGGAGUUCCUAGGCCCAGCGAUCGACGAGCAAUUAAGCCCCCCGAAAUUCGUCACGUACUCGGAGGCACCCCAAAACAAAUCACGGAACUGCAUGCGAAUACAAAUCCGGGAUCACCAUUAAGGAGAAUGAUCAUCGAUAUGAUAGUUUCCUAUUCAAUCCAUUAUCCGCGGUACUACGGACAGAAUGGGGGGCUUGGGGAGUUACUCUGGGGUUCGGCCCAAGGAACCGAGGGAGAAUUGAGGGUGUCGAUGGAAUUCGUGAGGGAUUUAUUGGCGGCAUAUAGGAAGGCGGCAAAGAGAGAGGGGGGUCAGAGAGAUAUGCAGAAGGUGGAUGCUUGUAAGUAUCAUGAUCAUAAGAAUGGUGGGGCUUGUCCGACUACCCUAUAA